AUGUUGAUCAAAAACAUUUUCAUUGAGCUACGCUCCAGAUUGAGGAGUUGCAACGUUUUUAUAACGACCGGAGUCGAUUUUACCAAGAAUUGUAAUUUGAAAAUAAGUAUACAAACCAAUUGUAUCGUCCUUAAUUAUUAUAAAGACGAUUAUGAUAAGUCAAAACGAAGAGACAGUCUCUCUUCCAUCGAAAGUCUUUCUGACUGUUAUUCAGAAGAUGAAUAUGAGGUCACCUGUGUGAUUCCUGUACGACAAUAUUGUCAGAUCAUACCAAACUCUAUGUCAUGUCUCAAAAUAGAUAAGAGUACCAUAUCAUUCAGAAUACUGACUGAACCCAAGAAUGGAGGCAAUUUUUAUAAAGAAUUGUUAUCCGCUAACAAUUUUGAUAGCCCAGCCAAAGGAAGUGUAUUGAAAUUAAACGUGAAAGCUGGUGAAGAACUGAAAUUAACUUGUGCUAACUGUUCUAACGUGGUGUCGGGGAAUUGUGUGAAAUUUGACAGAGUUCUAGAGUUACCAACUGCUAAUUUAGACAUGUCGGAAUGGUUUUGCCAUGGACAUGGUCAUAGUCACAGUCAUGGAGAAACUCCACAACCCUCAGACGGAGUGAUCAAACCAAAUAAAACUGAUUUCCUAUAUAGACUGACGUUUUUCGUGGUCAACAAUAGUGUUCUAUCCGAUAAGACUAACAAAUUCAACUCUAAAAGAGAAGUGUAUCAUUGCAAUAGAUGCCUCGCGUGGCUCGGACUGAAAGACAAAGAUACAGUCAAAUUAUACAAUUCAGAAAUAAAACUACAGCAAAAUAAUGCCGAAACUGUCGUCUUCGCCCACAAAACAGUACAAGACAUACACACAGAUGAUUUUAUAUACACAAUAGAAUAUAUGACUAGAGAAUUCAACCUCGGCUUCCAAUACACUGUGAUGUGUAAGAUAGUACUUGAAUGCACAAUUUCUGCUACAAAGAAACAGUAUUUACUUAUCUGGGUGAUGGAUAAAGAAUUGCAAGUGCUUAGAAAUAAUGUCGAUACAAUUUUAAAUGAUAAGAUUGAGCUGCAAUCAACUUCUGUAACGAAAAUCCUGUUUAAAGUUGAGUUUUGUAUGAACGAGGAAGUUGAGUCCUGGGUUUCAGACCCUGGGGUGGUGACCACAGAAAUUUCCAAAGGCAUGUUUAGCAAUGGUCUCGCGCAUUUACAGAAAAUGUCUCAGAAAGUGCCAGAAUCCUUCCGCAAUAGCAAUGGUUACUGUGUUAGCUAUCUCAAAGUUUGAACCAAUAAAUUCGCAAAGG